ACAGUUUAACAGAACUGAAGACCAUCUCAGACACCCCCCAUAGUAGUUUCCUCUUUAAAAUGUUGCUGUGUGUUUUGAUUAUCAGCAUUGAUUAUUACACACACCACAGACAUAUACAGACUCUGCUCAUUUGGUUAGCAGUGAGGGAUCUCUGAGUGUGCUUUAGUAAUGCUUCAACCUGCUGAUAUUCAAAUGGAUGAAGGGGCAAUUUAUGACAAUAUUGUCAUGGAUGCUGAGAUUUCCAAACCAGCCAGCACAGCUGAGGGGACGGAUGAAUAUGUCAACAAGAGAUCCAGCAGGAGCCCAGAAAAGCCUUUUACAUCCAGCACGUCUGUACAGAAAAACAUCUGGCUCCAGUGGGUCACUGUGGCUGUGGGUGUGCUAUGUGUUUUACUGGUGCUCCUGACCACUGGCCUGUGUGUGAAAUACAACACCGGAAGAGACCAGUUAAAGAUGGAGCUAGACCAGUUAAAGAUCAAGCAAGACCAUUUAAAGACUGAGAGAGACCAGUUAAAGAUGGAGCAAGACCAGUUAAAGAUGGAGUUAGACCAGUUAAAGAUUGAGCAAAACCAGUUAAAGACUGAGAGAGACCAGUCAAAGAUUGAGCGAGACCAGUCAAAGAUUGUGCAAGACCAGUUAAAGAUGGAGCGAGACCAGUUAACGACUGAACGAGACCAGUUGAAGACUGACUGUAACCUGUUCAAGUCCAAAUGGAGCAACGUAACCAAGGAGAGAGACCAGCUUCUGAGUAGUAACUCCAAUCUGAUGAGAGAAAGGGACCGGCUACAGAACAUCAUAGACCAGGUACCAUGUCCCAGAGGAUGGAAAUUAUACGGCAAGUGUUAUCUCAUCUCGUCUUCUGCCAAAACCUGGUCUGAGGCUAGACAAGAUUGCCAAGCCAUGGGAGCUGAUCUGGUGACCAUCGACAGUGAAGAGGAACAAGCUUACAUUAGUGGGCUGGGGAGAUGGGGUUGGAUUGGACUACAAAGACGUGGGACGAGCUGGACGUGGGUGAACGGUAGACCACUCUCCAUCUCCAGAGGGCCCGUGAUCUGGGGAUCUGGAUAGCCCAGCAAGACAGAGGAUUGUGUUAUGACCAGCUCUCACUGGGAAGACUAUCCAUGCUACUCUAAGUUUUACCCCAUUUGUGAAAAAUCGGCGAAAUAAAUCAGGAAGACAUCA